GCCAGAGUCUGGGGCCAGCUGGGUGACCUUGCAGUGUUUGUAAACAUACACACGUUGUCUCCCCGGAGUGCUGCGGGUUUUCCGGAGAUUCCAGAACGAGGAUAGAACCGCCAAGCCGUAACGACCGACGGACGCAGAGGACAUGGAGGUGGAGCAGAUGUGCAUAGUCGACAACGAGAUGGAGGGAUCUCGCGGUGAUCGGAAGGAAGGCGGCAAGCGAGGACGCAAGUCCGGCAGGAAGGCGUCCGAGAAGUCGGACAUGAGAGCCAAGCUCGAGCGGAGCCGACAGAGUGCGAGGGAGUGUCGUGCCAGGAAAAAACUCAGGUACCAGUACUUAGAGGAGCUGGUGGCUGACAGAGAAAAGGCUGUGCUCGCUCUUAGAAAAGAGCUCGACAUGUAUCGCCAGUGGGGCCAGGAACUUGAUGCCGGUCGAGUGCCCGAAGGCCUGCAGGCGAUGCUGGAAGAAAUCGGCGACUUCCAGCCGGAGAAGACGGUGAAGCAGUAACCACCAGAGGGAGCGAGAAAGAAGAAAGGAAGGAGCAAACGACAAGGGAGGAAACCCGGAAAAGGAAGAAAUAAGGAGCACCAGAAAAUUGGGGGAAAAAGAACGGAUUUGGAACAGUUCCGCGACCAUUUUCCUUGCUUACACAUUUUUCUUUUCUUUUUUUUUUUAUCGCCCUUUACAACUCCACUCUAAGAUUGAAAGUUUUAUCCGCGUCCGGUCUCUUCCGGUUCUUUCCCUUUUUCUUUUUUCCUAGUACAAAUCGGCGUCGAGUCGGACCUCGGGGCUCCUCUUUCCCGACUUUACACUUUAGAGUAUUCUUCUUUGUUAUUAUUUUCCUUCUUGUUACCUGCGAUUAGAGUUAAGUCGACUUUUUGUACUUUUAAUCUCUGUCACCACACGCACACAUACACAUACACACACACACACCCUUUCCGCCGCUCGCAGCGCGUUCUUAUUUCCCUCUUCCUCGCUCGCGUUUAUUUUUUGUCCCUUUUUCUCACCUCGGUAUUUUAUUUUUUUUAUUCUUUGCCCUUCUUUCUCUCUUGUACGCGUUUUAUUCUCGCGCGAGCGCCGGAAGGUGCGCCAUUGCGUUUGCGAGACCGAGGUGUGUUUUAUUAAAUUAUGUGAUGCGUUGCUCGCCGUUUAGGCGAACUUUCUCGUUUACUCGAACGGUAGGACCGGUCGUUGUGCAUUGUAUUUUAAAUAAAAAGAGUAAUGUUUAAGGUAA